AUGGAGCUUGUAAUGAGGCAGAAGAUGGAUUGGAAAGAAGGGUCGAGUGCAAAGAGGAGGAGGGUGGUGGUGAUAGGAGGAGGUGUCGGCGGCUCUCUCAUCGCCAAGUCUCUCCAGUUCUGCGCAGACGUCACCCUUGUCGACCUGAAGGAAUAAUUCGAGAUUCCAUGGGCAAGCUUGAGGUCAAUGGUAGAGCCGAUGUUUGGGGACCGAUCACUGAUCAACCAUAGAGACUACCUCCCUAAUGCUCGGGUCGUCAGGUCGAAGUCGAUUAAAAUCACCGAGUCGGAAGUAUCGACAGCCGAUGGCCGCUUAUAUGCCUUCGAUUAUCUUGUCAUUGCCACGGGUCACCAAGAUCCGGUUCCCACCACCAAAACCGAGAGACUCAAACAAUUUGAGGCAGAUAAUCAAAAGAUAAAAUCGGCUCGAUCCAUUUUGAUCGUUGGUGGCGGCCCGGUUGGUGUUGAACUCGCUUCAGAAAUUGCCAUCGAUUCCCCGGACGAAAAGAUCACCCUCGUUCACAGCGGAUUGAGGUUGAUAGAAUUCAUCGGACCGAGGGCUUCGGAGAAAACUCUAGACUGGUUAAGGACAAAGAACGUGGAUGUGAAAUUGGACCAGCUGGUCGACUUGAAUUCCUUAUCGGAUGGAACGUACAGAACUUCCCACGGAGAAACUAUCAAAGCAGAUUGCCAUUUUUUAUGCACGGGGAAGCCGCUUGCUUCUUCAUAGCUCGAGGAGACAUUCUUGAAAGGAAACCUGGAUCGAUUUGGAAGAUUAAAGGUUGAUCAGUGUAUGAGAGUCGAAGGUCGCGAUAACAUAUUUGCAGUCGGAGAUAUUACUGAUGUUCAGGAGAUCGAGCAAGGUUGUUUGGCACAAAAGCAUGCCGCGGCAGUGAAGAACUUGAAGCUGUUGAUGGAUGGAGGCGAAGAAAGGAAGAUGGCGGUCUACGAGCAUUGUUCAGUAAAAGCCAUCGCCUCCCUCGGAAGGAGAGAAGCACUGGCACAGUUCUCGCUCCGAGUCACGACCAUCACUGGGAGGAUUCCCGGCGCGAUCAAGUCUAAGGACCUGUUCAUCGGCAAAACAAGGAAGCUGAUAGGCCUAAAACCUGCCAUUGCCUACUCUUGA